UUCAACUGGUUAACAAUUAUUUACCCACAAUACCCGGAAGCGUUUACCUCCUACAGGUUGGCGGGGCAAAGUCCGAAAUUCAAUGCGUGACAGCUGUGACUCCAGAACCAGCUUUAACAUGUCUGAAGUGAACAAUCAGCUGCCUGCAGACCCCAUCUCUGCAGUUGGAGUGAUCACUUCACUAAGCAACGCUCCUGAUGGCUAUUAUGUUGUUGCACAAACAACAGAUGGCUCUGACGCCGACCUGUGGAAGGACGGUUUAUUCAAAUCCAAGGUCACUCGCUACCUCUGUUUCACCAGAAAAACUGGGCCUGAUGUUGUUGUGGACAUGAAGCUGACUGACAUUAAGGAAACGUUGCCAGAGGGCUUCACACCUGUGCACGAAACAAUGGACACAAAGGAAACUGCCAUGAGGAAGAGGAGGCUCUGUGUGAAAGUCAGCCCUCGUGCUGCUGCCGAGACGGCUGUAUAUGACAUCCAGAUCAUUGCGAAGUCCAAGUACCAUCUUGUUAACUACACCUGUAUAGGUGAGAUAAACAAUAUGGGAUUAUGGUAUCGAAUGGGAGAUCUUCCUCGGCAUCAGUCAUCCCAGGAAACAUGCAGUACAGCUACAUGUAACACCAGCACCUCAUUCAACACAACAAGGAGGCGGGCCGCUCCUCUGACUGUGGUGACAGGAGUGUUGUACUGUGCAGACAAAAAGGAGGAGAUGUAGCCUGGAGAGGGAACGACAGCUGCAGAGGAAGGGAGGAGAGCUCCAAGAUCUCUGCCAAGCUGGAAUGUGCGUGUCCUAUGUUGAUGCUGCUCAGGCUUCCUCCACCUCAGGCCUCAGAGUGAAUUGAGCAACCCUUUGUACUGUGUCCAGAUUAAACAGCUCAAAUAUUUAUCAUGAUGAAGAACUUGGGGAUUUCCACAGUAAACUGUAAAUAAACAUUUGAGACUCCUUCAACAUGGCAGUGCUGUAGAGAGGGAAGCUUGGCAUGUGGCACUGCUGGCUCUGCCAGCUUGACGCGUUAUGCUUUGCCAUUCUGUGCUGGGCUGAGAAAAAGCCACUUAAAAACCACAACAGGCCAGAGCCACUGAUGCCAGCAGGCCUAUUCAAAACAGAGCUUCUGUUCUCAUGGCCACUCAGUGUGAUGAGAACAACAGAAUGGACAACGGGGAAUUCAAACCCAAGUUCAAACUGUUUGUGAUUUGUCCAUAUUUUGGAAGUCGAUGGUCAGUAAUCUUUGAUGUGCUGAAGUGAGGGUGAGAGCUCAGGCCCAUGCUUAUGUCUUUGCAACUCUUACCGGUAAGCCUCAGUUCUUUUGAAGCCCACUUUCAAGUUGGUGAAGCUCAGAGGUUGGAAUAAAUUGCACCUCGAAGCGACUCACACCCCCUCUUGAUGCCUGCUGAGAUCACAGGCUGCUGUUUUUGUAUUAACAUUAAAAUUCAC